GAGCCACGCAGGGACGCAGGCGCCAGGCCUGACAUGGGAACACCCGCACCCUGCAAUGGGGACACAGAGCCAGGCUCCAGGCCGUGCCUUGGGGACACCCACGCCCCAGGGAUCUGGUGAAACUGGCCGCAUCGUCCCCAAAGCGGGGCGGGGGCGGGGCGGCGACUGGUGCCACCCCUGCCUGGUCCGAGGCCUGGGCCGCAGCGGAGCCCGUGUCGCUCCCCGCCCCCGCAGGACGGGAGCGGGGGGGGUGUCUGCCCGGCAAGAGGCGAUCACCCGAGGCCGGGGACGCGGCCUGCCCUGAGGGGACGGCGGGACCCGGCUGAGCCGGGCUAGCGAGCGAUGGAUCCCGCGGCGGAGGAAGCCCGGCACCUGGGGCUCCGCUUCCAGCGCGGCUUCCUGGCCGGCAGGCAGCUCGGCGCCUUCCCCUGGGCGGAACUUGAAAAAAAAUUAAAGAGUUCAUCAGAUGCCUUGCUACUACUGGAUAUUUUGCAGAAGACUAUUCUUCACCCCUUAUGCCUGAAAUAUCCCCCUUCCUUGAAGUACAGAAGAUGCUUCAUAUCUGAACUCAUUAAAAAGCAUGAGUCCGUAGCAACCGAACCCCUGGAUGAAUUGUAUGAUGUACUAGCAGAUAUUUUAAAUAAAGAAGAAUCUACCAACUGUUAUAAAAGCUACUUACUGCCCACAGGAGACUCUGUUACACUUUCUGAGACGGUGGCAAUAAUCUCACAGGGAACCACAGGACUAGUCACGUGGGAUGCUGCUCUUUAUCUUGCUGAAUGGGCAAUAGAGAAUUCUGCCAUUUUCAAUAACAGGACUGUCUUGGAAUUAGGAAGUGGGAUUGGCCUCACAGGAAUUGCAAUCUGUAAAACCUGUAAUCCUAAGGCAUAUGUGUUUAGUGACUACCAUCACUGUGUUCUUGAGCAACUGAGAGAAAACAUCCAUUUAAAUGGCUUUGUUCUGGAGUCUGAAACUGAGAAUCACACCAAAAUGCAAUCCCAAAGCCAGAGGGCAGAAGUGAUGGAUUUACAAGGACCAAAAAUAACAGUUGCAGAACUUGACUGGGAUUCUGUUGCAGAGGAACAACUUUCAGAGCUUCAAGCUGAUGUUGUCAUUGCAGCAGAUGUGGUGUAUGAUCCCCAGAUAACUUUAUCCCUUAUCGGUGUCCUGCAGCAACUUUCCAUUUCCAAAACUGUUGGAAAACCACCUGAGAUCUACAUUGCCUUCACAGUUCGUAAUCCAGACACUUAUCACCUCUUCCAGACUGAACUCGAUAAAGUUGGGAUCGGAUGGCAGGUUGUUCCUAUUCACACAAAGAACCUUUUCCUAUAUGACCUGCAUUCAAACAUAACUCUUCUAAAAUUACUUGCGUAGACUUUGUAAAUCCAAUAUUACUACUAGACAUUUUGACAGACUAAGCAUAAGAUCUAUCAUGAUCAUGACAAUGACCUUGAAUUCUGGACAUGUACUUGAGUGGCAGACUCAGAAAGCAAGUUUAAGCUCUGUACGUUGUCAGUGUGUUUUAGGCCCCAAUGCUGCAAUUGAUAGUGGGUGAGUGGACAGCCUCUCCUGUGUGCAGCCCUGCUGCCUCCAGUGUGAUUCCUUGGGAGUCCAUAGGUUGUCAGGUGCAGGAAUGGGGCCUCAUUCAGACUGAGAUUUUAUUCUUCCAGAGGGCACAAGGAAGUAAACUGUAGUGAUUCCAUGGUGGUGUGAUAUGCACACAUUAGAAAUAAGUUUUGUGACACCAAAAACAAUGACUCUCUUCCCGGCAUGGUGAAAUAGAGCAAUGAACAAUUUAAGUUUAUAUAUUAAAGAAUAAUUUAUAUUUGCUAUUGUUUUUGAGCCAUGAUCUGUUCGUUCAGACUUUCUGCAGUGCUUGUCUUCCUGUCACAACUUGAAUAAUAGAAUAGCUACAAUAAAUGCAUUGCUGUUUAUACAGUGCCA